AGCGGCCAUAAAAGUCAUUUCAGUCUUGUUUCAGGUGACUACAGCCAUGUGUAGUCAAUUGUCGGCCAGUCUACGCGUAGCUACAUCGUCUCAUUAACAAUCACAAUGAGAUUUAUCUAAUCAUUAUCACAUAAUACACUUCGAUUACUCGAUAACUCAUACCUUUGUCCGUCUGUGCAGUGUAGUGAACGUGUUUACGAUGAAAAUUACAAUACACUAAGUAUUAAUUUGAGGUGAUUUUUUACUGAGUUAAAAAUGGGAGAAUUACAGAAACCUGUUCAGCAAAGAAAGGAGAGGUUUUCGCCGUUUUGGAAACAGGCGUUCGUGACAGCGAGUGUGUCCACAAACAUCAUCGCCCACGGCUGUGUCAUCGGGUUCGCCGCCAUCUUGAUCCCCAGUCUCCGUCUUCCAGAGUCUCACAUACACGCCACACCCAGCGAGGAGUCAUGGAUAGCGUCAAUCAUCGGCUUCGCGUUAGUCACUGGCAACAUAAUCAUCACACCACUUAUGGACAUUCUCGGAAGAAAGAAGUCACAUCUGCUGACCAUCUUCCCGGUCCUGACUGGCUGGUUCACGCUGCUGCUGGUGCAGAACGUCGCCGGCCUGAUCGCCAGCCGCUUCAUCCAAGGUGUAGCCAUGGGCAUGCUGGGCCCGCUCGGCUCCAUCAUCAUCGGUGAAAUGACAGACCCAGUGAACAGAGGGCCGUUCCUCACUUGUGUGUCCUUAUCACUAACAAUAGGAGUACUGUUCUGUCACUCCCUUGGUACAUACUUCAGCUGGCAACAAAGCGCCUUAAUAUGCUCCUUCAUCACAUUUACGAGUCUCUGUCUCAUUAUUUACAACCCUGAGUCUCCGUCGUGGCUGAUUGCUAAAGGAAGGAUAGACGAGGCGAGGAGAGUCUUCAUCUGGCUCCGUGGAGACGGUGAUGCCCAAAUGGAUGAACUAGAGAAAAUGAUUGCUGCCCAGAGUAUGGCGAAAAAAGCAAGCGUAACUGACUUGAAUCUGUCGUUCGGUGCAAAGACAAAACGGUACUUCAGCUAUUUAGGAGUGACUAUGAAGAAACCAGAGUUCUACAAACCUAUCACUAUAAUGGUGUUCCUGUAUGUCAUGUUCCAAUUUGCUGGAAUCAACGUCAUCAGUUCCUAUGCGACAGAUAUCAUCAGACAAGUGGUGGGCCCUGAAGCCAACGCUAAACUGAUCAUGGUGGCUUUAGAUAUUGAAAGACUGAUAUGCAACCUGCUUGCUAUUUACUUGAUGAAGACCAUGAAGAGACGGACACUGCUCUUCAGCACAGGCAUGAUAUGUAUUCUCUCGUACGUAGCGAAAGGAUUUUACGUCUAUGCAAAAGAGAAUGACAAACUGCCAAUACAAGGCCAGUGGUUGCCAAUAGCUUUAAUAGGAAUUUACAUGUUUUCAUUGACUGUCGGUAUAUCUUCGAUACCGUUUGCAGUGUCAGGGGAAAUCUUCCCGUUAGAAUACCGAGGUUUAGGCAGCGGUAUCAGUAUUCUUGGUUUAUCCCUCAACUUCUUCGUGGCCCUCAAGUGUUUCCCCGUAUUGACGAAUGCUAUCGGUCUGUCGUGGACGUAUUACUUAUAUGCUGGUGUGGUCGCGGUGUGUAUGUCCGUGGUCUGGCUCAUGUUGCCAGAGACGAAGGACAAAACCCUGCAGGAGAUCGAAGAUAGUUUCCGAGGACAGACUAGAGAUAGGAAGAGUUUGGAGCCAUUGAACGGCAGGCAGAAUGGAGAGACAAUGCGAAGAGUCAGUUCCGUUAUAAUGUACUAAAAACGUGCGGUAAAAUAUUUAACAAAUGUUUGGACUGGAGGCAUAAAUAUACUUAGAUAGACAAUUUAAUCAAUUUAUGGUGAAAAACAAUAUUAUGUUUGUGUGCAACUGUUGUGACUGUUGUGUUUGGUUCUUUAGUAAUUUAAUUGUAGUUACAUGUUACUAAGUGUGCUUAAUUUAUACAUUGUGAAGUUCAAUCUCAGAUAAGUAAAUAAAACUAAUUUCUUUUCUGAUCUCUUUAUAUUUCUCGUAACUAUGUAUUAACACUUUCAGUGCUCUAGAAGUGCUCCUCUUGACUAGUUCAUCACAUGACGGAACUUGAUGUAGAUUUCCUUUCUUUCAAGUCCCAAAUAUGUUUGUCGUAAUAGACAAAUAAAAAUUAUUGCUUGACGUUACCAACACAAGAUAUUUGCAGCUCCGGAGCAUUGAACGUGUUAAAUAAAGCCACUCCUCCCUCCAACUGCACCGAAGCAGUAAAGCACAUCCUGGAAUCCCUCGUUCCUCUUCAUCUACAUUCUACAUUCUUUAAUUCCAACAUCUUCUCCCCCUCAUGUGGCUCAUUCUGCCCAAUUUCACCUUUAAUCCCUUUAAAGUGACACUCAAUCUCGUACAACGUCUUUCCUUUAGUUUCUGGCAGCAAGUAGUACAAGAAUAUGCCACAAAUGGCAAUGCAAACUGCAUAUACACAGAAAGUGCCACUGACACCAAUCUGCUGAAACGAAAAUGGUGCAGUUUUCACAACAACGAAGAACAUAAUCGAGAGGAACAUUCCAGAAAUACCACUUCCCAAACUCCUGUAUUCCAAAGGAAAUAUCUCUCCAGCGAUAGCCCAGGGUAUUGGUAGGAUACCUAAAGUCUUUCCAAAAAUGUAUAUUAGGGUAGGAAUAACUGGAGUCCACUUGUACCCAUCAGCUAUGUAGCCGUAAUCUCUGAGGUAGAGUAGGAUGGAAGUAAUUAGUAAAGACACUACGCUGAUAUUAAUUCCAAGGAAGAGAACGGUUCGUCGGUUGAAUUUGUUGACGACGAUGCAAGAGAGAACAGCUGUCACGAACCUGACGACGUCUACCAUCAACAUGCUAACGUGGGAGUCGAUGGUACCACCACUGACUUCAUUCAUCAUUGGCACAGUAUAGGACGGGACUACUGUCAUCCCUGAUAUUUGGAACAAUACGAACAUGAACAUCAUAAUGAUGGUCGGUUUGUAAAACUCUGGCUUCCUGACUAUUUGUCUGUAUGCCUGCCAUCUAGAUCCACGUCUUGUUCCAGUAGUUUUCUUCUGACUGUUUAGUAGUAUCUCCAAUUCCUUUUCUGCACUAGGAUCGUAUCCUCUGAACCAACGGAAAGAUUUCCUGCACUCUUCUACUAAGCCUCUAGAUGCAAGGUAUGGAGGUGUUUCUGGUGAUAAUGUUACCAGAAUUAAGGAUAGGACGUAGACGCUUCCGCAAGCAAGUCCAGCUGAUCUCCAGUACAGCACGGUUCCAAAAACAUGUGCGAUUAACAUUCCGGUGGCGAAGGAGAAGGCGAUGGUGGCGAGGAAGGCUCCUCGAUGCUUUGGAGCAGAGUACUCAGCUAUGGAAACAGGUGCAGCUGCUGCCUGGACGCCCAUGCCGAAACCCUGAAAAUAAAAAACUUUG